AUGCUUGCCCUCCUUGGUGCCUUCCGCACCACUUCGCGCACCCGUGCGCUCGCCCUCCCCGCUGUCGUGCGUCAGUACGCGACCCGUGCACUCGUGCUGGAAGACGAGGACCCGAUAUUUGAGCUCGCGGACAAGCUGGUUGAGACUGCGGACUCGCUUCCAGAAGAAACGUCAUGGGAGCGCAAGCCAGUGGUGACCACCACUCCCAUGAUUCCUCGGGCUGCCCCCGGACAGUUUGUUACGCCGAUACAGUACUCGCUCAAGUACCAGAGCCGCCGCAAACCCAAUUCGAAGCCGUACCGCAUUGGGCCCGGUCGCGAUGAGUCGCGUCAACGUGACAUCUUCCACCAGUCCGGCUUGAACCCACUGCGAGAGAUGGGGAACACCUCCCUGCUCUCCAGUUUCGUCAAUUCCAUGGGCAUGAUCCAGCCGCGCACUCAGACGCAUCUCACGUGGAAGAACCAGCGCAGGAUAGGCAAGGCCAUUCGUCGCGCCAAAAUGAUGGGUCUCAUCCCAAUGCAUAGCAGACGCUCUCUCUACCCCGAGCGGCACGCUGCUCACCAGUAG